AUGGGCGGGUUAAAAGAGGAUAUAGCAUUUGAUCCUCCCUGCCAUCCGCGAGCAUGUGCCAUCCAAGCGUGUUUGACCAAGAACUCCUACCAAGAGGAAAAGUGCCAGGAUCAUAUAAACGCCCUGUAUGAAUGCUGCAAUGCGUUUUACAAGCAACAAGGCGACGACGCGAAGACUCCGAGCUGCCCCAAACCCAACCUACUGAAGCUCAAGAUGAAGCAGCGUGGACAAGAAACAUAA